AUGUCUGCGGGGAGAGGAGGACCGCAGCCACGGGGAGAGGAGCCUCACACGCGGGGAGGAGAGAGGGCUCUGUGGGGAGGGCUUGGGGGUUUAAUGCCACACUCCUCGCUCCUCCGUGGUUCUCUUCAGUCCGGGGGUCGUGUCCGGUUGUGUGUCCCCUGCUCUUCAGCCUCUUGUCUGGGUCCCUCUGGGAGUCGUGUGGGUCUGUCUCCCCGCUCUUCAGCCUCUCCUCUCGGUCACUCGGAUCACAGACUCAUCGCUGUCUGGAGGGAUGUGAGCGCGGGUUUACUGCGCAUGCGCGAGUGUCUGCUGCUGCCGGUUCCUCCCGAUCGCUCCGGGUCCUAG